AUGUUGGGAUUGGUGAAGAAGUUUUCCCUAUUGCAAUGUGUUAUGGUUUUUGUUGCAAUUCUCGCUGUUUGGCGACCAAUUUGGCUAAAGGAUCUCUGUAGGGAAUACAUUGUGCCUCAUCUCUUUGCCAGAACGGUCACAAAGAAUACAUCAGGGGAGGUUUUGUUUACACUUGAGGAGCUCAGCAAGUACACAGGAGCUAAUGGGAGUAAGGGGCUCUAUAUUGCCAUAAUGGGAACAGUAUAUGAUGUGGAGAAAGGCAGGAAGCACUACGGUCCAGGAGGGAGUUAUCAAUUCUUUGCAGGCCGUGAUGCCACAACAUCCUUCAUUACUGGAGAAUUUGAGCAAGUAACAGAUGAACUGGACGAUGUCCUUCAGUUGGCCCCUCGUGACCUCCUUUCAGUGCUACAAUGGAAGGAAUUUUACGACAAAGAGUACAAACAAAUGGGAAAACUCGUGGGAAGAUUCUACGACAAUCAAGGGGGUGAAACGAAGUAUUUUGACUAUGUCAAGGCAAAAAUUCACGAAGCACGUGAAGAACAGAAAUCCAGCGAGAGGAUCAAAGAGGAAUUUCCACCGUGCAACACUGAAUGGAGUGCGGACAGUGGCACGAGAUUUUGGUGCACUGCACGAAGUGGUGGCAAGGAGAGGGAUUGGAUUGGUGUUCCCCGGAAGUAUUUUGAAGUGGGACGAUCAGACUACCGAUGUGCUUGUGUCCAUCCGGAUCGUCUUGAUUCUCCGAAUCUUAAAGAAUUCACCAACUGUGAUCCCCAAGCGGAGGAGUGUAUGUACAAAUUCGACGAAGCAUUGGAAAAUUGAAUUUAAUCAAGUACUUCAGGUUCAUCAGGUGGCACAAAAAAAGUACUUAAAAAUCAGUUUUCGCAGCAAUUCCAUUAAGAAUUAAUAUUUUAAUAAUUAAAAAUGUUAAAAAAAAUGUAAUGUAAUGCGCAGAAUGAUUUGUUCCGGGUGUGGAAUGUGAGGUUAUGUUUUUGAAGUUUGGAACCUAAAAAAACAUCCUCCUGGAGAAAAUCUUCCCUGCGCCUUUUCUUAUCAUCUUUCAAAGUGUUAUAGCAAUAAAAUGUUAUUAAGAUUUA